AUGCGCUGCAGCCGCUACCCCGCCGGGAUUCAAAGUACCCUCCGCGCCCCGCCACCCUCUCGGGACGCGGCGAGGAGCCCGCAGCCCCGCUCACGUUUCGGUGGAUCACCUGGACCCCGCACCGCGCCUGCCUUCACCCUCCCCGCGGGGGACGAGCGCCGAGGGGGCGGGGGGCAGCGCCGGCGGAGCCGGGAGCGGCGGCGGCGACAGCGGCGGAGCCCUGCUCUGCCCGCAGCGAGCCGAGCGCGGCGGGGCCAGGCGGGGCAAGCGGUUACGAAACCCGCGUCUGUCUCCCCCUCGCCCGGGCGGGAGGGAGGAGGGAGGCGUGGCGGGGGGCAUCCGCGGCCGCCUCGCUCCCCGCCGCCGGGCAGGGGAGGACGAGGGAAGGUCUACCGCACCGGAGCAUCGCCCGCCGCCGAGAUGGGAGCCCCGCCGGCGAGGACCGAGCGCCUACUGACCUUGCCGCCAUCCGCUGCCGCUCUGCCUGCCCGCCGGGUGGCAGCCCCGCGCCCGCCGCCGCAGCCGGCGCCGCCCCCCCGCUCCCCCCCGCCCCGCCGGGGUGCGGAGCCGAGGCGGGGCCGAAGCGGCGAGGAGCGCCGGAGCCGCCCCGGACCCCGCCGCGCCCCACCCCACCCCCGGCCUGCCGCCACUCCGGCGGGCGAGGGGGAGCGGGGCUGCCCGGCGGGGCACGGCGGGGUCGGGACCCGCCGCCUCCUCCACCGCCCCGGGACUCCCCAGCCGCCCCGGGCGGGAAGAGGCGGCAGCUCGGGGAGCCCCGCUUACCUCUGUGAGAACGCAAACACCCCCGACCCUAGCCAACCCCGCAACAGUCGGAAAGCUCCUCGGUGCUCGGGGAGGGCUCAGCGGUUUUAA